GGAAAAGUACAGCUCGGCAUCAUCAUAGAUCCUUCGGAUGGAAAAUUUCAAGUGAAAAUUUCACCUUCUGUAAAUCUUGAACAUUCAGAAAGGUAUGACGGAGGAUCUCGAUGUUGCCAUCGUCGGUGGCGGACCUGGGGGGCUCAGCGCGGGAGUUUGCGCAAGCCUUGCUGAUUCAGAUCUCAAAAUAAAGGUAUUUGAACGCGCAUCAUCUCUUCGACCUGCGGGAUUCGUUGUGGGCAUCCUUCCAAAUGCUUUGAAAGCUAUUCAGGCGAUGGACACAGCGUUAUAUGAGAGCUGUUUGCAGCACCUCACCCCACACGAAGAUGCGCAGAGCGUGACUAUAUUGAAGAAUACUGGUCAGAUCAUCAUGACGACUGAUGGCACUGCUGCACGCGAGCGGUAUGCCAAGUAUGGUGGGGGACUGUUCCCAGUGGCCUGGUAUGAUCUGCAGCGAUUCUGGGCAAGUCAUCUGCCACCCGGCGCUCUCCAAAUCGGCAGCCUGUUUGAUCGAUACGAGGACUUGGAAGAGGGAGGCGUCAUUGUUCACCUCAAGGACGGCCGAAGCUACAGGGCCAAGGUGUUGAUCGGGGCGGAUGGGAACCUGUCUCAGGUCAGGAAGCAGCUGCUGGCUGACGGCCUGCCGCGCUUUGCUGGGCUUGCCAUCUGGCGCGCCAUGCGGGAGAGGCCAGCUGACUGGCCCACGCCGGCGGGUCUGCUGAACUUCAUAGACGAUGGGGAGAAGCGCAAGGUGAUGACAUACGCGCUGUCAGGCAACAGGCUGACCUGGAACGUGGCCGUCCCGUGGGCAGAGGCAGAUCUCACAAGGCUCGGCAACCAGCGCUACAUCGUCGAGAACGGCAGCACGGGGGAUCCCCGGGGGAAGCUUGACAGGUGCCUGGCGGCGCUGGCUGAGUCGGAUGGGGGCUGGCCGGACUACGUGGUGGGCAUGCUGCGGGACACGGCGCUGGAGGACAUCACGGAGCACCCGCUGUUCUACCGCGAUCCGGCCGACUGCCACGUCUACGGCCGCGGCCGCGUCACACUCCUCGGUGACGCCGCACACCUCACCGCCGCCGCGCUCGGCCAGGGAACCAGCCAGACGAUGGAGGAUGCUUUGGAGCUGGGCCGCACCAUUGCGCUGCAUGGGCCCACGCCUGAAGCCCUACGUGCCUAUGAGAGCGUCAGGUCCCCAGCAGCGGGCGCGGUGCAGCAGGCGUCGGUGGACCUCGUGAAGAAUUGGGGCAAGCUGGGCGAGCAGUGGGUGCUGGCAGAGCAGCGCGCCUCUGAACGCUUCUUCUCGCGCACCUUCGAGCCGAUGCCCCGCGCCAAAAAGCGCGCAGCCGCCGCCCGCACGCGCGCGGCCGGGGCCCGCCGAGCAUGCCGGGCGAUGCCGGUAUUUGGGCAUCGGCUGCUGUACAACAGGCGUGCUGACAAUGAAUGUGUUGUGGAGUAG